AAUUGCUGUCAGGAGGGUGGACGACGUUGCUGUGGAAACAAUGUGAUGCAUGACUAGAAAACAUUGGCACUGCAUAAUAUGUAUAUGAGGAAAUGACCUAGAGGCCUUACAAAUACAUGUGUGCUUUCUUACUUAAGACGACAAUCGGAGUGAAAUUCAAUCUGGAAGCACCACUUGUUUCCACUAGAACUUUAUUACUACCUCAGCAAGGAGAAGGAAAGGAGGGGAAGGCCUGUGAAAACAAAGUCCCAUCAGUUUUUAAUGAUUCGGUCUUGCACACUCCUUUGAAGUCAAGACAAAGUAACAGAGAGCUUUUGCUGCACUAUGUGAAAAGGAGCAUUGACGGACUGGAUCUGUCAAAGUAUUUAACCUACAAUCUCUCUGUGAUUCCAAACACAGAAAGAGAGCUUGGUGACUUUUUACAGGGGAGAGCCUCAACACUGUAAGACUAUUUUUGUUUUUGUGGGUUUUAUUUUAUAUCCUCGCUGUUGACCGGUGUUCUCUACAUUUUUUUUGCAUUUACAUUUAAAUAUUUUUGUAUUUUUACAUUAGGACAUAUGUAUUAAAAUUUAAAAAACUUAAAAAAAAAGAUCCUGGAUAAUCAAGCACUUUUUUGAGAAAGCUGAAGAUUAAACAGAACUGAUGGUUACUGAAAAAAAAAACAUUUGAGGAUUAUUUAUUUUUCUUUUUUUUUUUUUACUUUUCAACAGGGAUCUUUGAAAUCUGAUUAGUCACCCACUAAUGACCUUCUUUUUUAUUUAAAAUAGAAGCGAGAGGAAGUACUUUUAAGCUGCUUAUUCUUAGGCAUACUUGGACUGUUAUAGUAGUUGUGAUCUGCAGCAGUGCUGCACAGAAAAUAACAGUAGGUCAGCACACAAACAGUACAGACGGCCGCCUUCGGAAAUGCCUCUUUGUGAAAUUGCACACACAGUCUACAGCUAUCUUCUUUUUACUUAACUGAACAUUUGCAGAAGAAUUACCCUUGAGGCUGUGAUCUCAAAACCCACAGAGAAUCCGAGUCAGCUCAACACCUAUGUAUUGUUGCAGCGUGCAGGAAAGUAAAAUGGACUACAAGCGGCGCUUUUUGCUUGGCGGGUCUAAGCAGAAAGUGCAACAGCACCAACAGUAUCAGAUGCCAGAGUUGAGCAGAACCCUGAGCGCCCCAUUGGGAUCGACCUCCUCCUCCUCCUCCUCCUCUCCAUCCUCCCUGGCCUCCUCAGCUGCUGCUGGGGGCAACUGCGGCCACCUGGUCCCUCACACCACCCCCAUCGCCGACAUCCAGCAGGGAAUCUCCAAGUAUCUGGACGCUCUUAACGUGUUUUGCCGGGCAAGCACUUUCCUCACAGACCUCUUCAGCGGUGUUUUCAGGAACUCACACUAUUCCAAAGCAGCUAUGCAACUGAAAGACGUGCAGGAACAUGUCAUGGAUGCAGCGAGCCGGCUCACGGCAGCAAUAAAGCCUGAGAUAGCCAAGAUGCUGAUGGAGCUAAGUGCGGGAGCCGCCAACUUCAAAGAUCAAAACGAGUUCAGCCUGCAAGACAUUGAGGUGCUGGGCCGGUGUUUUCUGACGGUGAUGCAGGUCCACUUUCAGUUCUUAUCCCAGGCUCUGCAGAAGGUGCAGCCCGUGGCUCAGUCCUGCUUCACAGAGGUGCUGGCCCAAGCCCAGGAGAGGAUGAACACCACGCGGAAUGACCCCUCCAGUACGGAGCUAGCAGAGGCUGUGAGGUCAUGGAAAGGUGCUGCAGAGGCUACAUCUCGGCUGCGGGAGAGGGGGCGGGACGGCUGCCUGUCUGGGAUUGAGGUGCAGCAGCUCUUCUGCUCUCAAAACACAACCAUCCCUGAGCACCAGCUGAAGGAACUCAAUAUGAAGAUUGACAAUGCUUUACAGGCUUACAGAGCAGCCCUGGAGAGUUUGGGCCAUGGUGAAUAUGCAUUGAAGGCUGGUUUUCACCUGAACCCCAAAUCUGUUGAAGUCACUCUGCAGGGGUGCUGCGGUGAAGCAGAGGCGCAGCAGGCUGGGCGAAUGCAGACUACUUCUCAGCCCAUUCAGUCUGAACUCCCCACCAUAUCUGUGCAGAUCGGAUCACACUUUCUCAAGGGGGUCUCAUUUAACGAAUCGGCAGCAGAAAACCUGAAACUGAAAACGCAAACAGUGUUCCAGCUGAUUAAAGAAGCGGCAAGUGAGAAUGGGAUCUCUCCAAGAGACAAUUCGCCAGUCACAGAGGUCCUGAAUCAGGUCUGCCCUUCGAGUUGGCGAGGGGCCUGCAAAACUGCUGUGCAGCUGCUGUUUGGCCAGGCUGGAUUGGUGGUGGUUGACACGGCUCAGAUUGAGAACAAGGAGGCCUACGCACCACAGAUUAGUUUGGAAGGCUCUAGAAUUGUAGUUCAAGUCCCCUCAACAUGGUGUCUCAAAGAAGAUCCUGCCACAAUGUCUCUACUGCAGAGAAGUCUUGAUCCAGAGAAGACCCUGGGGCUGGUGGAUGUGUUGUAUACUGCAGUCUUUGACUUGAACAGAUGGAAAGAACAGAGAGAGCAGGCACUGCCCACCAUUCAAAUCCAGCUGCAGCGCGAAUCCUCUGACUAUGGAAGCCAAGUAGACUCGCCGUCCGGAGCCAAGUCCUCCAGCGGGCUUCCCAAGACCAUCUCCAAGCUAACCUCAAAGUUUACAAAGAAAGCCUCCUGCAGCAGCAGCAGCAGCAGCUCCGGUAGUGGAAGCUUUUCGAUUCCAAACACCCCUUCACGAAGCAUCUUCACCGGCAGCAGCACAGAGGACAAAGGCAAGCUACCCAACAGCAUGGACGCGAGGUUACAGAGCAUCUUCAACAUAGGCAGCUUCCCCAGGAACAUGGACUCCAACCAGGCUCGGCAGGGCACCCCUGGCCAGCUACUUAACGGCUACCCCAUUGAUCGGAGAGAGCUAGCUCCGGGUGAGAAGGGCAUGAACCUGCCCACGGACCAGGAGAUGCAGGACGUCAUAGACUUCCUCUCGGGUUUCAACAUGGGUAAGUCUCAGCAGGCAUCUCCGCUGGUCAAGAGAAGGAACUCGGUGGCGGCAUCGGCAUCCUCCUCUGCUGCCGAGCAGAAACUGCCCUCAGGAGUGCAGCCUCCUCAGCCGGUGCCCCACGCAGCUCUGCAGCCUCUUCAGCCGGUGCCCCACGCAGCUCUGCAGCCGUCCCAGCCAGUGUUACCACCACAGCAGAACCCUACGCAGAAACAGCAGCAGCAAGCACUGCAGUAUUACCAGCACCAUCUCCAGCCCAUUGGACAACAGCAGCAGCAACAACAAACACAGUCACAGUCCCUGCCGCAGCUCCCUAUACACCAACAACAGCAGCAGCGAGUCCCAGCUAAGUGGUUGGGCAGCUCCACCCAGCAUCUCCCACCUCAGCCUCCGCCUGCAGCAGGACUGUCACCCAUCGGACCGAUGGGUCAGUGGGGUAACCCGGGGCUCCCGGAUUUAAGCUCUGAUUUUUACAGCCUCGGGCUUGUAAGCACGUACAUGGACAGCGUUGUGUCUGAAAUGCUGGGGCAAAAACCCCAAGGUCCGAGAAAUAACACCUGGCCAAAUCGAGACCAAAGCGAGGGCGUCUUUGGGAUGCUUGGAGACAUUCUUCCAUUUGACCCUGCAGUUGGCUCAGACCCAGAGUUUGCCCGUUACGUGGCUGGGGUUAGCCAGGCUAUGCAACACAAAAGGCAAGCACAGCAUGUCCAUCGCCCGAGCAACACGCGUAGCAACUGGGCUGCCCCCGAUGAACCUCACAGAACCUGGCCACCUCCCAAGUACUACACAGAGGGGGAUGUGAUGAAUAGCAGCUGGUCUGGGACUCAGGGAGACUCGGCCAGCUCCAGUGAUGAGACAUCCUCUGUCAAUGGCGACAGUCUGUUCUCCAUGUUCUCAGGGCCUGAUCUCGUUGCUGCUGUCAAACAGAGGAGGAAGCACAGCAGCGGUGAGCAGGAAGCCUGCACCCUGCCAUCCCCACCUCUCCAUCCCUCCGCAGAUGACAUAAAUCAGGAUAGCAAAACUAAAACCUGGCCUCCGAAAGCCCCCUGGCAGCACUCUUCUCCUCUCACUAACACAUUGCCCAGUCAGAGCUCUUCCUUGUACCAGAUGACCAACCCUGUCAGCCAGUGGAAUGAAUCCAUGCAAAUGCUGCAGUCACCAGUGUGGUCGACGGCCAGUGACUGUGCCCCCUCCACUGGGAUCUCUUCCAGCUUUGCUUACGCCCAACAACAACAGCAGCAGCAGCAGCAGCAGCAAGCCUCCCAACACAAACAGAUGAAUAAGGGCUUUAAAUCGUUUCCUCUGAAGCACGAACACAGGCCAUCCUACCUGCAUCAGUACUGAACAGAUACGACACAAAAUGGCAAGAGCCAAAUUGUGUAUGAAGUUUUGAGUUCAGCUUACUUUGUAACAUACUAGGAUAUAUCUUUGGCAUUUUAGCUUUAUAUAGCGGUGUGCAUUAUAAUGUGUCCCUGAUCCUGUGUGGCAAAGCAGUGAGAGAUACAGUAUGUAAAUAUGCUUUUUUUGUUGUUAUUGUAUUUAAGUAUUGAGCAAGUUUAUGGCCAUUGUAUUAGUUGUUCCACGCUCGACUCCAGAACUGUAAAAUAGAGAUGAAUAAAAUUUAAAUCAUAUUUAACUUAUUUGCACUGUAGUUUAACUUUUAAUAUACAUUAUUAUAUUUUCUAACUUUUUCCAUUUCAAUAAAACAACCCCAUAAACAAACCCAUUGGAACUCAUGUAACUAAGUUUACCCAACUAAUAUGAUGGCCAAGUGUUUGCUUAAGUUAUUAUACAUGUGUGUAUAUUUCUUUGCUGACAAUUUGGUAGCCUGUGACAUGAAAGAGUUGUGGUCGUAGGUUUUGAAUAAAAAACAUUUCAUCUUACAAAUGGAAAAAAAAAGGACAAAAAAUGAUCUUCACCAUCUACCCUUCAAUUUACUGUUUCAGUUAAAAAGUGGCUAAUAAGCUGUAACUUGCAAAUCUGAUCUUAAAGGAGCAUGUGUGAAAUGUAUCUAAAGAGCCAGCAGCAUUGGCAUUGUGUUACUAUUCCAUAGCUUGUAAAUUAGUCAUAUACUACAUAGAAAUAAUUUACUUCCACUUUUAAUAAAAUAAAAGGCUUUGAGCAGGCUCAGCAGAAAUAUAAAAAUCAUAACAGAUGUGUAAUUUGAAAGACAUUUAUACACUACUUUUUUCCCCAGUUACUGACAUUAUAAAUAUUAGCAGUAAUUAUGUGCCAUGUUAAUAAAACAACCUGUGGAACAGAGAAUAUUUUUCCAACCAAAGUGUUGUUCAGAAAAAAAAUAAUAGUGCUUAGAAAUGAGAGAAUUGACUCUGAAAAAUGUAUAGCUGCCCUGUUGUAUAAUAAAUAAAUAAAAAGUUAGCUUAGAAAGAAUCUUUAUAUGGUUAAAUAUUUAAAAACUUUCAUAUUUCUAUUGGCUUUCUGAAUGAUGAUUCAACUCCAAGUGAAUCUUAACACGUGUUCAUCUGAAUACAAUAUGUUCUUGUAUAGAAGUAUUGACAGUAUUAAUCCUAUUUUUGUAUUUUCUUAAAAUUCCCAUUACUGUAUGUUUAUUGUUUGUAAAAUAGGCAUAUUAUGUAACAAGUUCAGAUUUGUUUGCAAGGAAGUAAAAAAACAAAGCACAUUUAUUUUAUUCUUUUUUCUACAGAGUUUAAUUACAUCAUAUAUCUAAGGGUUACUAAAUAUGCCACUAUACACUAAAAUUAUUAUAAGAUGUGGGUGUUUUUGAACCCAAACAUAUUUCUUCAGUUUGUAUGGUGAUGGGCUGUGCUUGCAAGCCCAGAAUGUUAACUGUUUGUGAUGUUUGCAGAUGCCAGUGUUGCCUGUAUUUAAGAUAGUACAUGUUUUCUGAAAACUAACAUACUUACUGUUUACAGAGAAUCAUUUGCUGUGCAUAAACAUUUUUAUAGUUCCAUGCUUUGCACAACACAAAUGUAUUGUUGCUUUUUGUCUGUGUAAACACAAACUUCUGCAGCUUUUUUUAAAAUAAAGACCUUGAACUGUAACUGUUAAUAUUUCUCAGCCAUGCCAAGUGGUUUUCUAGUUUCAUCUGCUGAAGUGCAACCCUUGCAUAGAAAGACCCAAUUUUAACAAAAUCUAGCUCUAGUUUACAUUAGAGCUGCUUAUGUAUUCUCCAUUUAGUUGGUAACAGGAACUUGCACACUGUUUCAGCUUUAAAAAUAAAACUAAAAAAGCAGGUUUAAUUGAAAGUUUCAGAGUGAAAAACAUUUCUGUUUGAGUCAAGUGCAGCGUUAGUUGAAUUAAGUUCUAAAAGCAGGAAUUUGAUAUCCUGUAACCUGAACAAGCAUGGUUGGAGGCACUGGCCUGGCUGAGUGGGAAGUGUACACUUAGACAUGUAAAAAACCAUUUACAUGUCGGUCACUUUGUAGAUGCCCUAAAUGUGUUGCAUACUUCAAACCUUUAGAAUGGUGGUACCUGUUUUUAUGAUUUUCUUCAAUUCUUAUAUCGCACUUGUUACUACAAGUCUUGCCAUAAAAGUUAUUUUGCUCACACUGCCAAGUGCUGGGGGUGUUUGGAGUAUAGCUCAGGCUAACCAGCCCAGGAUGCCUUUGCUUUAAGUGGGGAGUACAACAUUUUUGAAAUUGGAAUUCUACAUUUUAUAUUUUACCUUUUAAAAGCUUCUGUAAGUAAAAUAACUAUUUGCUAUAUUAAAGAUGUACAUUUAA